ACAUAUCCUUUCCAAUUGGGAAUUCUCAGAAGUUGAGCUUCAGGAGGAUGCAAAGUGGAACCUAACCAGGCUGUGGAAGCAGGAAGCUUCUCUAUACAGCCUGAAUUUACUGGCUUGGGAUAUCUCUAGUUCUAGAGUGUUUAGAAAGUUCAUUUGCUGUCAUAUGUAAAGAGAAAGCACCCAAUUCCUUAAUCCAAUCUGAGCAGUAAGGGAAUGAAAAGGAAGGGUACGCUUUCUGCUGGAGUUCUGAGGGUCCUCUCUUCUUCCUCAAUGGGGCUGGGGAGGGGAACCUCCUUUGUGCUUCCUUCUCUCACACAAUGGGAUCCUUAACAAACACAUCUCUUGCCUGUGGUGUAGCAGUCCCUCUUGUUACUGAGAGAGAGCUGAGUGUAGAAUGUGGUGCAGAUACAUGUCAAAAUUCUGCCAUGUUCUUUCCUAACAAUGGUGAGAGCCUCUAGGUCUCAGUUUCUCUGUACAAUGGAGGGGCUCUGGGAAUGGGGAGGUGGGUGUGACUUAUGGAGACUCUUACUCCAGUAUGUGGUGAACAGAAGAAUUUUUGGAGGAACAAGAAUCUCUGAAGGGGUCAGAAAGGGUCUGAGCCCAGAAUUACAUGCUCACUUCAAGAGCCCAUGUUGGUGAAGUAUUUGCCAAGUCCCAGUGUUAGAUUGCCUUCUCUUCCUCCUGCAGAGCUCCAGUUCUGAGCCCUGGCCCUCAGGGUACCCACCCAAAGGCCGGUUCUUUUACCAGGGCCUGACAGCUUCAGAAACUGAGGGAAGAGGAAGGAAAAGGAAGGAGGGCUACAGUGAUUUCAGAGUUGGCCUGGAGGAGGGAGGAGCAUUUCUUUACCUGAAGGUGCCAGCCUCUCCCCUUGUUUGCUCUGAGAUAGUCAGUUUCGCUCCUGCCAGGCACGACAAGGCUACCCGCUGGGUACUACCUUCCCUUCCCCAGACCCCGACACCGAGACAGACCAACGCAUGGCAGGACAGCUGGAGGUGGCCGUGACUGGGCUCCCUGCGGGGCCUUUCCUCUGCUGGGCUCUGCUGGGCUUUGUGUGCCUGAGUGCCCCAGGGAUAGCUGUGGAGGUGAAGGUACCCACUGAGCCCCUGAGCGUGCCCGUGGGCAAGACUGCUGAGUUGAGCUGCAGUUACAGCACAUCAGUGGGAGACAACUUCGCCCUGGAGUGGAGCUUUGUGCAGCCUGGAAAGCCCAUCUCUGCCUCCCAUCCCAUCCUGUACUUCACCAAUGGCCAUCUGUAUCCCACUGGUUCUAAGGCUGAACGGGCCAGUCUACUUCAGAACCCCCCCACAAGAGGGGUGGCCACCCUGAGAUUGACUGAUGUCCGCCCCUCAGAUACUGGAACCUAUCUCUGUCAUGUUAACAAUCCACCAGAUUUCUACACCAAUGGGUUGGGGUUAAUCAACCUUACUGUGCUGGUACCCCCCAGUAACCCCUUAUGCACUCAGAAUGGGCCAACCUUUGUGGGGGGCUCUACUGAACUGAGAUGCUACUCUUCUGAGGGAGCUCCGAAGCCAGUGUACAACUGGGUACGCCUUGGAUCUUCUCCUACACCUUCUCCUGGUAGCAUGGUUCAAGAUGAGGUAUCUGGCCAGCUCAUUCUCACCAAUCUCUCCCUGACCUCCUCGGGCACCUACCGCUGUGUGGCCACCAACCAGAUGGGCAGUUCAUCCUGUGAGCUGACCCUCUCUGUGACCGAUUCCUCCAAAGGUCGAGUGGCUGGAACUCUGAUUGGGGUGCUCCUGGGUGUGUUGCUCCUGUCAGUUGCUGCAUUCUGUUUAAUCAGAUUCCAGAAAGAGAGGAAGAAGAAGCCCAAGGAGACAUAUGGGGGUAGUGAACUUCGGGAGGAUGCCACGGCUCCUGGGAUUUUUGAGCAAUCUUCUAUGAAGGUGGAUUCUAGCAAAGGGCUCCUUGAAAGGUCCCCAUCUACCAGUACUGUGACGACCACGAAGUCCAAGCUCCCUAUGGUUGUCUGACUUCUGAUCCCUGAGGGCAGUGAGGGGGAAGAUCAAUAAUUAAAACCUUUGGGUACCAUAUUGUCUCUUUCUGGCGAAUUUCUCUAGGCGGCCCAAAGAGUAUUACUAGUAAGGGAAGGAUUGGGCUUUAAAUCCCAGAGAUGAUGCUAUAAGCAGGAAGUUUGGUUGCGUCAAAGGGCAGAUUUCAAUCUAAGGGUUUCUCCAUCUCACUUCCUCUCUGCUUUUUGGCUUGAUCAAAAGAGAUUUGUUCAGGCUCCAACCGGUGGCCUUGUGCACCCAAACUCCCUCCCCUCCCGGCACCCUCUGAACACUUGGACAUUCCUCUUUAUUGUUCACAUUCCAACCCAGAACGGUCACAUGCACACACCGAGAUUAAAAACCUUCCGGCCACAACCCCAGGAGCCCGGCGGGGCCGAAGCCGGAAGGGGCAGGGGCGGGGCCGCGGAAGACUCCUCCUACCGAGCCUCCAGGCGCUCGGCGUUUGCGUAAACAGGAGAGCUGGAGAGGCGGCUCUCAGGGUGCGCUGGGGAAAAGGAAGGGAACAUGACAGGCAGGUGCGGGAUAGGGACUUCCCUUCCGAUCAGAGUAAGGGGCAUCCGAAACCAUGUAAACACUUUUCUCCCUUCCUCAUGUCCCAGAUUUAAAGUUCUGAGGCUAGGCUGGGGCGGGAAUCGCACAGAGACGCAGGGCGCCCCCUAUCGCUGCGCACAGAACCAAAGGACUGUUAUUAUUUUUUUAAAUUGAGUGUACUUGGGCGACGCUUAGGGCGCCCUCCGCAGUGCGCGCAGGGAAGCGCACAGAGGCUGCGGAGGCAGAGCUGCAUGCUGGGUGCGGGGAGAGGUGGGCGAGAAGCAAAAGGAGGAGAAUUUGGGAGUGCGGGGUUUGGGGAUCGGAGGGGGAGGAAGGGCGAACAGGGACCACGCUAGACUGGAGGGCUAACUAAAAGGGCACGGACUUGGCGACUCCGCGAGGAAGCCUGCCUGGAAGAAAGAGUCUCUGGGACGCAGGGGGGCUCCAGAAGCUGGCAGGCUGGUGGGGAGGAGGGGAUCACAAACACGGUAGGGAAGUCUUGUCACUGCGAAGGGGACACGGCAUCCAUCUCUCCUUGGGAACUGAGGAAAGAGAAGGUCUGAGAACCUGCCCUCUCCUGGAAUUUACUCUCCCCGUCCCUUCUACCUUUCUGAACUAGGAUACCAGGGCCUGGAGUGCCAGGGGUCCCUAGUCACUCAGACCCCCCCCACCCCCGAGUCAAUGAGCUGAAAUGAGCCCCGAGAAAGAUACGUGAGUGAGACCAGGUGUGUUUAUAGCCCUCGGCCGGGCUUGUGCGGCCAAAUGAGGGUGACUGCGUGUUUGCGUUAAUCCAGGUGUGACCCUGUCGCAGCCUCAGGCUUGUCAAUGUGUCGGAAAACCUGCGGGUGCAGGGUGCACGUUCCCCGGUUGAGAUCCAGGGCGUGGCAGAAGGCAGGGUGGAGAGGGAGAAACAGGAGCAUUGGGAAAGAGGGGCCUCCAGCUCGCAGCGUCCCUCCAGCCAGCCUCACCUGGCUUAGUCUCCGCUGGGGCCGCCGCCCGCGCCUCCCCGGGCGCCCCCAGCUCCGCCGGGUCCCCCAGGACCCGGGCCCUUCCGGCCGUGCUCUCCACUCUUUAUCUUCUUCCGCGCCAUAUGGCCCCGGAAACUCGCCUGGAUUUUGGCAGCGGCUGCAUUGGCACCAGGAUCGUCCAGUGGGAUGUCUAGAAUGUCGUCGUCCGGCUUGGAGCAGGCGCUCUCCUGGGGAGGGAAGGGGAAGGGGUUCUUAUUGGCGGGUCGGGUCGGAGACCCAGAGAGGGUAGGUUAGGACCAGAGUCUCGGGAGAUUGAGAGCAGGACUACUGGGGUAGCAGAUGUGGAAGAGAGGAAAGCCACACUGGUGUGUUUCUCCCUGGGCAACGAAAAGAGGAAGGUUCAGGGCUAUGAUGUGGGCACAGUUGUGCACUCACCUCAGGAAAGAAAUACAUGGUGGGAAGGGGUACAAGAAAUCCAGACAGCCGGAGUGAGCCAAGGGCCCAUUACCUGUGGCCAAUUUAGGGGCGCUGCAGAAUUGAGUGGACUGCGGGUUUGGAGGAGCAAAGUAAACAGGCAUUCCCGGAUGUGGCCACCCAUCCCCCUGCUUUUAACGGCUGCCUCCAGUUCAGAAGGGGCCCUUCCCAGCCUAGCAUUUUCUGGGGAUUGGGUACAUAAGAUUCACCAGGACAGCCUUUUCCUGAGUAGACUGGUACCAGAGCUCAACUGGAAUUAGGGAGAGGAUGGGGCCAAAGCUCAGUGAAUCUGCCUCCCCUCUACCCCCCCCCCCAUAUGGGUUAGAGGCCAAGAGACUGUUUUCCCAUGGACUAUUCACUUUCCCACUGUUCCCCAGGUUGACCUCACAACCUGGAGUCUCAGAAUAAGUGACAGACAAAAUCUAUCACUUAAACAAACAAACAAACAAACAAACAAGGAAAAGAUCAGCAGGAGCAAGAAGCCCUUUCCUUGGUGUGCUCAUUGGAAGAAAGUAAUUAGGACAAUAGCUACCAUUUAUGCAUGUAUGUUGUUCCAGGUGGAAUAAUACAGUGUUUUACAAGCAUUAUUUUAUUUAGCUUUCAAAAAUAAAGCAAUGACAUAUCUUUUUAUUAUUA